AUGGCGUCGUCGUCUCUCUCCUCAAAGUCCUUUCUGAAAGCUGUGAGAACGGACGGGGGCCGCGACAUCGGGUUCUCCCAGCAGUCGGAUCUUCACCGGCUUUGCGCACGAACAGUCCAGAUCUCCGUCCAGCGGCGGGGCGCUUCUCCCAGGAAGCUAGGUCAGUCAAUCCCGCGGAAUGAUGAGUGCUGAUUACGCCGCUCACUUCACUUGUUAUCGGUCUGCUCUUUUUUGGAGGUGGCUGGGGGAUAGAGUCCGCAUAUAUAAUUUUUCGUCCCGUUCGAGCUAUUAUGGUGAUUGAAUUAUUCGUAGUUUUGUACUUUUUGUCGUGCAUUGUUCUUGUUUGGUAAUGUAAAAGAUGCCCGCCCCAUCUGUAUGCGUCGAACAUGCUUACGGUAGCUGAUUAUUUGGCAUCAUAAAUUAUCUCAAGGUCGGGCGAUUAGUUUUUGAAAGUAGAUUCUGUUAGUUUUCGAAUCUAUACGAACAAGGAAUUUCCAUUGCCUUGAACUUGCACGUAAUGCUGAGACUUUAUCAAAUUUUUAAAAGUUUGGAACACUUUUGUGAAUAUCAGAGAUUCAGGCCACUGGAAACAAUUUUGGGAAAUAUUUUCAAGUCUCCACAUCUGGAGAAUCUCAUGGCGGGAGUGUUGAUUGCAUCAUCAGUGGAUGUCCACCUCGAUUGCCCCUUUCCGAAGCUGAUGUGCAAUUCGAACUUGACAGAAGGUAUGCUUAAUUAUCCUAUAUGAUCGUCUCUAAUCAGCUCAUUUCAAAGCCGGGCGUCUUUCAUUUUUUUCCUCGAAUAUAGUGGUUCCUUUGUUCACCAUUUUUCUUAGCUUCUGACUAGUUGGUUUCAUGUAGGAGGCCAGGGCAGAGCAGGAUAACCACACCAAGAAAGGAGACGGACACAUGUAGAAUUAAUUCAGGGAUUGCUGAUGGUUAGAUCUCGUUUUUUCUUCUUCUUCGGUAUUAAUACUUUUUUUUUCUUGGAUAAAUUCUGACAGGGAGUAUCUUUCAGGUGUUACCACAGGAACUGCAAUCAGCAUUUCUGUACCGAACAAGGAUCAAAGAGGACAUGUGAGUUAUUUUUCAAUCUCUAUAUUCAAAAUAAAAGGACUCUGAAUGUAGUUUAUUGCAUAUAACGCUGUAAAUAAAACUAUAUUUGAUAUCCUGGGACAGAAGUAUUGACUUAUUCCCAUUGCUGUCACUUAACAGUAAAUUGUUAUAACACUUUAUGCUACUAAACGAUAAGGAAAUGGAGGAAGAAUGUAACAAUGUGAGUGUGUUUGCCGGAAGUUGAUGUGCCCUAUAGAUUAAGUGAGUUGCCGGAAGUUGAUCUGUCCACGUAGUGUCAUUUGAGGCUCAUGGAUCAACCUUUUGAAGCUAUAUUAUGAGGCGCUUCACCCAUAUAAGGUGUUGCUUUCUUUAUCAUGCAUGCAAUACAGGCUCCCUUGCAUCCAACGGAUAAAACUUAUUAACGGUAGGAUUUUCCAUCCUGAUACAUCAAUUAUGCGUCGGUCUUGCUCCAUUAGAGAUGCAUUUCUUGCAAUUUUCGAUUCUGAAAUAUACGAGUUUUUGACUUCUCUCAAGAAAGUGGGAGAUACACAGGGAAUCUUCUGUAUAAACGUAUGAGACAAACAAUGUAUGCUUGUAUUUCCCAUCUCUAAUGACGAGUUGGCUACUUUCCCUGGAAGGCUAAAACAUCGUCUACAGAUGGAAUCAUUUCCCCUUCCAGGGACUAGAUAUUCGAUGUCUUUUCCCUCCUUUUUCUUCAGGAAAGGACUGCACAUUUCUUCUUUGCCUAUUAUUAGGCAUACAAAUUUAAUUUACUCGAAGUUCAAUUGUGGCUGUGCCACUUUUCCUGUCAUGAGAAUUUCCUUUUUUGGGUCGUUCCAGGAUUACGCAGAAAUGUCAAAAGCUUAUCGGCCUUCUCAUGCUGAUGCAACCUAUGAUUGGAAAUAUGGAGUCAGAUCCAUUCAGGUACCCUUAUGCUUCGUUACUUUACCGUGUCGUAGGGCUUUCAAGGGAGACUUAUUUCCUUUUGAAGAUAUAGACUUGAAGCGAAAUUGUUCCUCUAUGCAGGGUGGUGGUAGAUCUUCCGCUAGAGAAACCAUUGGGAGAGUUGCAGCUGGAGCUGUUGCCAAAAAAAUUCUCAAGAUGAAGACUGGAACGGAAGUAUGUGAAUGAUUACUCUUAAGCAGAUCAACACACUGUGUUUGGACUAUUUGUGUAGCCAUGGCAUUUUACUUUCUGGAUGUUUAUCGUUCAAAGCGUUCCUAGUUAUUUCUGGUUCUUUGUUCUUCUAUUCAUGAGUACCUGGAGUAAUAUGUUUUAAUCUAGCACUCGUUUUGAUGAUGAGAAAUGUAGACUCUCUAUCAGCUGUUGCACCUUCUCAGAGCCCUUUUUCACUGAGUCACCCCUUUACUUUUGAUCCCUGUUCCAUGUUUCGAGAUUGCUAGGCUUUUAUUAUUUUGGGCGUCUGAUGCACCUACAUGAGAUGUUGAGCAUCUCUUGAUAUCUUUUAUAGCUUUGGAAGGAUAGUAACGAUUGCCUCUGGGAGAGGAUUAAAUUGGCGGUAAUACCAUCUUGAAAAAACUUUGUUACGUACUGAAAAUUAAGAUUUCUUCAUGAGAACAAGAUAAUUAUUUAUACAUCGUCGUUCGAAAUUUUACUUUAACGAUGUUUGCUAUUUAGACACCAUAAAACGAUGCUUAUGCUUGGAAAUCCAUCGCUAAUAGUUUUUUUCUACGAAUGUUAAUAUUUUUUUUCGUAACAUCUUCAGAUCCUUGCAUAUGUGUCCCAAGUGCAUAAGGUUGUCCUUCCGGAGGGAUUGAUUGACCAUGAAUCUGUGACUCAAGAGCAGGUUCUCUCUUCUCCUCUGAAUUUGUUUCCUUUUCCUUCUUCUUUUUUUCCCCCAAUGUCUCCAUUUUCCGCAAUAUCUGUUUCGAUUCUUCCUCUUGCUUUCUAGUUGUAUUCCAGCGAGUUCUCGGAUGGAAAUCUUAUGGGAUGUUAUGCCUUCAGGUUGAGAGCAACAUCGUCAGAUGCCCAGACCCGGAAUAUGCUCAGAAAAUGAUCGAUGCCAUCGACGUUGUUAGAGUAAGAGGUGACUCUGUUGGUGGAGUUGUCACAUGCAUCGUUAGGAAUGUCCCACGUGUAAGACUUCUCUCUCUCUCUCUCUCUCUCUCUCUCUCUCUCUCAAGACUUAGUUGACCACGCCGUCUGUGGUGUCCUGUUCCAGGGUCUCGGUGCUCCUGUUUUUGAUAAACUUGAAGCUGACCUAGCCAAGGCGGUCAUGUCGUUACCUGCGACAAAAGGGUUCGAAUUCGGAAGUGGCUUCGGGGGUAAAAAUCCCCUCGCGAACUCUGGACUUUUGAAGCUUCCCUCUAUCCUACUUCCCCCCCGCUCAACUGGUUCUCUCCUGGUGAAUCUUCCUCAGGCACCUUCAUGACCGGCAGCGAGCAUAACGACGAGUUCUACGUAGACGAGAACGGAAGAACCAGGACGAGAACCAACCGAUCCGGGGGGAUCCAGGUUCAGACUCUUCUCCAAUACCAUCACUCCACAAAUCCCCCCCUCUCUCUCUCUCUCUCUCUCUCUCUCUCUCUCUCUCUCUCUCUCUUCCUCUGACGCGCUUCUCUCGCCCCCUCUUCACGGCCACAGGGAGGCAUAUCCAACGGAGAGACCAUCUACAUGCGAGUGGCCUUCAAGCCCACAUCUACCAUCAGCGUAAGCAAUCCUUCCCCCCUUUUUCCACAUCGCCAUCUGGAAAGGGAUUAGAGAAUGCACAAAAAAUUCUCAUAUCCUCCUACACAUCAUCCCAUAGAGCUUUCCAUUACUUUCUCUGUCGUAAGGAACCCCUCCAUGCUUCUCGCAGAAGAAGCAGAACACCGUGACCCGUGACGGCAACGAGACCCAGCUCAUCGCAAGGGGCCGCCACGACCCCUGCGUCGUCCCUCGAGGUUUGUCUCUCUCCCCUCCUCGUUGUUCUCUCUCUCUCUCUCACACUCAUCGCAUUUUCUCCUCCUGAUGUGCUUGAUUUAUUUUCGGGGCAGCUGUUCCCAUGGUGGAGGCCAUGGUGGCGCUGGUGGUUGUGGACCAGCUGAUGGCUCACAUGGCUCAGUGCGAGAUGUUCCCCAUCAACUCGUCUCUCCAGGAGCCGGCCAUCCCCGCCGAGCCCGGCUCCCCUCUCGCGGCCCACCUGGCUUAG